UUCCCGACUGAUAUGUCGGCGAAUGUGUUCUCGCACUUGUCAGGCAAAGUCCCAUUUCGCCGUCUUUCUACCGUUGUAAAUCAUUUGCUAAGAGUGCCCACGAUGUCGGGAAGUCGACCUACUGCUGGUAUAAUUAUUAUUGGAGACGAGAUUCUGAAAGGGCAUACUCAAGACACCAACUCGUUUUUCCUAUCGAAGCAGUUAUAUUCACUCGGCAUCAGAGUUGAAAGGAUCUCUGUGAUUGGUGACGAGCUGUCUACAAUAGCUAAAGAGAUAGCAGAAUUUUCAUCUCGGUUCACUCACGUUAUCACUGCCGGUGGUAUUGGACCUACUCACGACGAUAUAACAUUUGCAGGUGCAGCCAAAGCAUUUGAAGAGAGGCUAGAACCACAUCCCAUACUAGUAGAGCUUUGUAGAAAAUAUUUUGGUCAAGAUGCUGCCCUUGAUUCACCUAAGUUGAAGAUGGCACAUAUACCUGCUUCAUCUGAACUUCAUUUUGGUAUUAAUAAAAAGACAGGUGAACAAAGUAAAUAUCCCAUAAUAUCAGUUCGUAACGUGAUUAUGUUCCCUGGAAUACCAACAUUAGUAGAAAGAGGAUUUAGCAUUGUUAAGGACAAAGUUCUUCAAAACUCUGACAUGUUCUACAUUCGAGAAAUUUACACAAAAUCUGAUGAGGUUUCCAUAGCACCGAUACUCAAUCAGUUCAAUGCCAAGUAUCAAGAUACUAUACAACUAGGAUCUUAUCCCGAUUGGUUGAACAACUAUUACAGGGUAAAGCUAACGCUUGAAUGUGAUUGUAAAGAAACUUUAGACGUCGCGCACGAAGAGCUGCUCAACAUGCUUCCCUCAGAGCUUGUCGUAAAGUACGAAAAAGAUUCAGUGGUCAAAGCAGAAGAACAAGUUUACUCGAUCGUAGAAUCAGACCGUUUAGAUGAAUAUGUAGAAUAUUUAAGAAGGUCUGUGAGAACGAUGGAAGAAGCUCUUGACAAAUAUAAAUUGGAUGAAAUUUGUAUUGGAUUCAAUGGUGGGAAGGACUGUACAGCUCUCUUGCAUUUGUUUUAUGCUGUAGUUAAAAGAAAAUACCCCAAGUAUGAUGACCAUUUACAGGCUUUAUAUAUCAAAAAUCACUCUACUUUCCCAGAAGCAGAAACAUUUUUUAAUGACUGCACCAAAAGAUACAACUUGAAAUCUUAUACAAUACAGAGUAGUAUGAAAGUUGCCUUGCUGCAGUUAAAAGAACAAGCCCCACAUGUAAAAGCAAUAUUAAUGGGAACAAGAAAAUCUGACCCAUACUCAGCCAAACUUGAUUCGUUUACCAUGACUGAUCCUGAUUGGCCGCAAUUCAUGCGAAUUAACCCAUUGUUGCAUUGGAGAUAUCAAGAUGUCUGGAUGUUUCUACGGCAACUUUUUAUACCAUAUUGUAUCCUUUAUGACCAGGGAUAUACAUCAAUGGGAGCUAUGGACAAUACAAAGCCUAAUGCAUUGUUAAAAUACAUAGAUGAGAAUGGAAAAACCUGCUACAGACCAGCUUAUGAACUUGAAGAUGAAAGCCAAGAAAGAAACGGUAGAAAUGGCACCACUGAUAAAAAAUGGAACAAGGAAGUUAAUCGUGACAAAUAAUGGCCGCUUGACGGCUAUAUUAAUUUACAUUUUAUACUGACUGAGAGAUACAAACUUGAUAAAUGAAUUUUAUGUUAAUGUCAGUGUUACAUUUCUACUGACAAUAGCAAUAUAGACCAAUUAUUGAAAGUGAAAGCCAAGACUUUUGUAACUUUCAUAACUGACUUUUUUGACUGACUUUUUAUAGUUGCAUUCAAGAGACUUUAUUGGACAGACUGUUUUUUAUUCAAUAAAUGGAGCAGGAUUCAUUGAAUGCAGGUUUUUUAAAACAUACCGGUAUAUUGUGUCACUUAGGUGAACAAUGUUCAAAUCAGAUAAGUAGUGAGACAAUAAUCAAUCACCUUGAAUUAUCUCUGACAAAAUUAAAGAGUGGCUUGUAACGCAUGUUCUUUUGAUGAUGCACCUAUGAGAAAACACAAUUUCUAGUCGUUUGCUUUGAAGUGAUGUGGCUUCUGCUGACACAAAUUUGUUAUCAGAUUGAGCGUUAUUCGUCAGUUUAAAACAAAUUCACUGCACUAUAAACUAACAUGGUUGAGAAAAAUCUGUUUAUGAAAAACCUUUUUUAAAUACAUGUUAAAAGUUGUCAGAACUGCACAAAACAAACUUUCACAUGUCAUGUUGGCAGACUUUGUUAUAGAUGUUUUUGCCUUAGUUAAAUAUUUAUUGUCUACUGCCAGUGAUGCUACAACUUGCAAGCUGAAAUAAAACGAUUUAUAAUACAGGGGGUCUUCCAACAAUAUUACAGAAUAGAGCCCCCCCCCUCCUCUCUUGUAAUGUGGGAGUAUAAUUAUUAGCAAUGAAGAGAUCACUGUAUCAUGUAAAUUAACAAAGGCUUUGCUUCACAACAAACUCCUCUUCACACCAUCUAUUUUACUAGUGUACACUGAUUUUUCUAAUCUUGCAUACAGUCUUUCUUUUUGAUGUUUUUUCAAUAAAAUAUGAGUGUCUAACUAGCAAAAGUCCGGGUAUCUGUUGUUUCUUGUUCGAUCUACCUGGUUUUGCAGCAACCUGGCUCUCAUAUUUUAUUGAAAUAAACAAAACUGUAUGGAAGUCUAUAAACUGACCACUUCAAACAUUGUGAUCUCGAAAGCUUUUUUUAAGUUUUAUUGAUAAUUGGAAAAUGCAGGGUACUUGUAAUUCUGUCUAAUCAAAUAAGGUUAUCGUGGAAACAAAUGUUAUGUUGUAUGUACUGUAAGCUUUCAAAUAUGAAAAGUAACUGUUGAGUUAUUUAUCGACCAAUUUAUUGUCCUCACUACAAUAAAUCGUGUCAUAGGCACAC